UUGACAGCAAAGGACAUGGAAGUGGCGCUUGGUCCGAGUUUGGUUUGGCCGAACGGAAGUCGCUCGAAAUAGAACGUUAUCCCGUAUCCUUGUCGUCGUCGUCGUCGUCGUGGUCGUUGUCCUCGCUGGAGUUUGCCGUGCGUGAGUGCGUGCGUGCGCGCUUGCGUACCCAUCCGUGCCGGAUUCCAAAGCAAAACAAAGCGCCGUCCUCGGGUCGUGUUGUUGUCCUUGCUGGCCUGCUGCGUCUACGCAGAACUACGAUCCUAGCAUCCCGAAAUCCGAAGGUCAACGGCGAGCGCCCAGUGCGUGCGGGUGUGUGCGUUUGUUUGUGUUCUUUGAUUCGCAGAAGGCUGCUCCUGGUGAAGGGGGCUCGUUUCGGAAGAAGACACCGCGGACUCCAGACGACGAUAGGGUUGGUCGACCCCAAAAAAAACCACAUCAUCAAUCGUCAUCACCAGCAGUAGCAGCGCCAACAUAAAAUCGAUUUCAUAACGAAAACGUAAACACAAAACGGCCUGACGCAAAGAACGGCCGGAGCAGAAUCAUCGAUUGAAUCACCCAACACUACUCCCCCUCUUGGCUGUGUGUUACGAUGGAUUCGACCGACGGUGGUGGUACGUGAGACACGAAUUCCGCACCCGCACUCCCUUAGGCUGUCCAUUUCCGUUCUUCCUGGGCCGGUGGACCGACAAUCCAUCGAUGGUUCAUCCGUACCCGCAACAACGGGUCGCAUCCAUCGUAGUAGCGUGCGGUGCGCAUCAAAGCAAACCGACCGAAAAAACCGAAGGAAAGUGAAAUGAACAGAACGCACAGUAACGUCGUCGUUGACAUAAUCGCUGCGGUGCGGCCGUGAAACCUGUGCCGGGGUGCUUCGUGCGUGCAUGCCCGCUGUUGUAGAGUUAAGUAAUUUUAACGUUCCUGCGAACGCGCGCGCGUUCCUUGGCGGGUCGGUCAAUCCGUGUCCGCGGUGCGAUUGCGUGCGUGAAAAGUGAAAGUGUUAAUAAGGGAGGAGACCGUGUGUGUUUCUGUGACGAAGUGCGCUUUGUUGGCCCGGUGCCAGCUGAUCGGUAUCGGGGUGGGGAGGGCAUAGGAGAAACGUCCGCCAAAAAUAAGCGAAAAAAAAAACCGCCGCGCAAAUGAAGAAGGUAAUGAUCCCUUCGUUGGAUAUGAAAAAGAGCAUUUCCGUGAAGGUAGAUAGUGAUCUGACAUUGCUGCUGUCCAGUGGAGUGUACGAAAUCAAGAAGAUGGAGCCCCGCCGGCGGCUCCGACCGAUCGCCAUCGUCUGCCUGUUUCUCACCAUCGCCGGCAUCAUCGGAUUUGGUUACUUCUGUCCGGAUCAGGUGUGUGCCCUGUCACGGCGGGACGUUACGUCGGGGGCGGCGGCGGCGGCGGGCCUGAGCAGUAGCGGCAACCUGGUGGUGGCAUCGGCCGGCGGAACCGGUGGCUACGAGCACGACAAUCUUGGCAAACCGGUGCAGCAGAACCUGCUGGCUAAUCCUGGGCUAAGCUACGAGGAGGUCCUGAACGAUGAUUUCCAGUUCGACAUGAACGCGCACGAUGUGAUGGUGUUUCUGCACAUCCAGAAAACUGGCGGCACCUCCUUCGGCAAGCACUUGGUGCGCGAUCUGGAUCUCAAGCGCCCGUGCACCUGUCAGCGGAAGAAGAAACGGUGCUACUGCUUCCGACCGCACCGGAACGAGAACUGGCUGUUCUCGCGCUACUCGACCGGCUGGAAGUGUGGUUUGCACGCGGACUGGACGGAGCUGACGGGUUGCGUCGACCAGGAGCUGGACAAGAACGAGGGCGAAACGGCCAAGCGGCGCUACUUCUACAUCACGCUGCUGCGCGAACCGAUCGCCCGCUAUCUGUCCGAGUUCCGGCACGUGCAGCGGGGCGCCACGUGGAAGAAUGCACGACACUGGUGUCUCGGGCGGCACGCAACAACCGACGAGCUACCACCGUGCUACACCGGUGCCAAUUGGAAUGGUGUGGCGCUGGACGACUUUGCCGGGUGCGAAAGCAAUCUGGCCGCCAACCGGCAGACCCGCAUGCUGGCGGAUCUGGCCCUGGUCGGUUGCUACAACAAAACGUACAUGCCGGCGGCCGAGCGAGACCGGAUCAUGCUGGCGAGCGCCAAGCGCAACCUAGCGGCCAUGUCGUACUUCGGGCUGACCGAGUACCAGAAGAUCUCGCAGUACAUCUUCGAGGAAACGUUCAACCUUCGGUUCGCGAUACCGUUCGAGCAGCACAACACCACCGUCUCAACGGUGACGAUGAACAGCCUGGCGCCGGCCCAGCGGACCCGCAUCGAUCAGCUCAACGCACUCGACAUCGAGCUGUAUGCCUUCGCGAAGAAGCUCAUGUUCCAAAGAUUCGAGAGACUCAAAGCCAAAGAUAACGACUUCGAGGUACGGUUCGCACACUUGGGCAACCUUGGCGUGCGGAGCGGUGUGACGGAGUUCAACUGGGACAGCAACAUCGACGAUAUGCCGAGCAACGA